GCUAGCUGCUUCCGACAUUUGGCCCAGGCGAACCCUCCGAAGCGGCUCGCCCCCCAUUUCUCGUCCCCACUCCACCACGGACCAAACCCUCGCCGCCGUCGCCCCCUUUUCCCCUCCACCGGCGGCCAUGGACCCGAUGAUCGGCGUCAGCAGGAGCGACAUGCUCGCCGGCUUGGAGCGCGACGGCGCGGACCCCGAGACGCUGGACGUCGGCACAAACCUGCUGCUCUACUUCGUGUACCACUACCUCCCGGUCCCGCCCGUCUCCCCCACCGCACCCCUCUCGCUCGCCGGCGCGUCGUGGGUCCCCGACGGCGUCGACCGCAUCAGCCGCCUCCCCGAUGUGGUCCUCCGCGACAUCAUCUCCCGCCUCCCCGCCAAGGACGCCGCGCGCACCGCCGCCCUCUCCUCGCGCUGGCGCCCCCUCUGGCGCUCGGUGCCCCUCACUCUCGUCGACAGCCACCUGCUUCCGGACGGCGGCGCGCGCGGGCAGUUCAUCAUCGGUGCUCCCUCUCCCCGCGCCGUCACUGCCGCGGUGUCCCGCGUCCUCGCGGCGCACCCGGGGCCCUUCCGCUGCCUCCACCUCACCCGCACCACCAUGGAGGAGCAUCGUGGCGAGAUGUCGCGCUGGCUCGACACCAUCCUCGCCAAGGGAGUCCAAGAGCUCGUCUUUGUCAACCGCCCUUGGCCGAUUGACCUGCGCCUCCCCGCCACGAUCUUCCGCUGCGCCUCCCUCACCCGCCUCUAUCUCGGCGUCUGGAGACUGCCGGACACCGCCGCCGUGCCGCGCGGCGCCAGAUUCCCCAACCUCCUAGAGCUCGGCCUCUGCAUGACUGUCAUGGAGGACCGUGAUCUAGCAUUCAUGCUUGAAAGAAGCCCCGUUCUGGAGUUCCUCGUCAUCAUCGGGAGCCAGAGCGGACUGCGCCUCCGCCUUGUCAGCCCAAGCCUGCGGUGCGUUCAGCUGGGCUGUACCUUCUUGGAGGACAUCGACGUGGUGAAUGUCCCUCGCCUGGAGAGGCUCUUCCAGCGGGAUAAUCUUUCCGAGAGCGAGCUCGCUGACACUGCCCCAAGCUUCUCUUCCAAGAUCAAGAUUGGGCGUGCACCAAACCUGCGUGUGCUGGGAUAUCUUCAGCCAGGAGAGCAACAGUUGGCGUGUGCAUUGCAGGCUGGGAGCAAGGAGAACACUGUGCCUAGUGUGCAGAUUUUGGCCAUGGAGGUGCAAUUCGGUGUCCGGAAUGCUGUCAAGAAAGUGCCUGGCUUCCUCAGAUGCUUCCCCAACCUGGAGACGCUCCAUGUCCAUUCCAGCGUAGAUGAAGAGUCUACUGGCAAGGUCAACAUCAAGUUCUGGCAGGAGGGCGGCCCCAUUAAAUGUGUGGUGCAGAGCAUGAAGAAGGUGUUUUUCUACGAGUUCCGUGGGUCGAGAAGCGAGGUUGUUUUCCUCAAGUUCAUUGCGGAGAGAGGUCGGGCGCUGGAGCAGAUGGUUGUCGUGGUGGCCGGUGAAUGUUUCUCGUCUGGGGGUAAUGUCAGUGCCAAACUGAAGCCUCUGAUCAGUGCAAAAUGGUUGAGUAAAGCUUGCAAGCUACAGCUCUUCAAGAGCCCACGCGACAAGGUGUCAGGUCCACUUCACUGCCACCAACUAGCUUCUGAUUUUAUGUUUGCUGAUCCUUUUGAUCUCAAGUACUACUAUGAAGCAGAAGAGAUCCCUGUAAGUUAAUUAGUAGCACCCUGCCUCUUGCCUCUUGUGCUGCAAGACUACUUUUACUAUUCGGACCUGAAUUUCUGCAUGAUGAUGUUGUUUGUGCAAGGUCAAGUCUUCUUUAGCACUAUGUUCUUUUUCUAACUCUGUUCCUUUGGUAGUCUGUUCAGUGAGCCAUCAGCUAAUAGUAUCCUGUCAUUUUGCCCCCAAAAUUUGCAAUCCUUAUUUUUGCAUGAUUUUGGUACUUUUUUUCAUAGAAAUUGAAGGACUUGAUGACAUCUUUGUGUCAAAGGAAUCCCAACAUUAUUUACUUUAGUACAAGUAUAUAUUUUUAAGCGUUCUUGUUGGGCUGGGACA